AUGAAUACAAUUGAUCGAAGAGAAAGUGGAGUGUUCUUUGUUGAUGGACCAGGAGGAUCAGGCAAAACAUUUCUUUACAGAGCUAUAAUUGCAGAAUUGAGAAAUAAGGGUCAUAUUGUCUUGGUAACUGCAUCAUCAGGAAUAGCCGCAGCAUUAUUGCCUGGGGGUCGAACAACUCAUUCUAGGUUUAAGAUCCCAAUUAAUGCAGAACCAUCAUCCAUUUGUAACAUAAGCAAACAAUCAGAUCUUGCAAAGCUGAUUAGACAAACAACGGCAAUCAUCUGGGAUGAAGCACCAAUGGCAAAUAAAGAAUCAGUGCAAUCAUUAUACCGCACUCUGAGAGACAUAUUAACAAACGAUAUGCCAUUUGGAGGAAAAGUGAUGGUGAUGGGAGGAGAUUUCCGCCAAGUACUGCCUGUCGUAUCGAAAGGUAGUAAGUCACAAAUGAUUUCAGCUUCUAUAGUUAAGUCUCAUUUAUGGGCUUCCACUAAAAUUCUCUAUUUGCGACAAAAUAUGCGAUCUUCUAAUGAUCCUGUUUUUGCUGAGUAUCUUGUGCACAUUGGUGAUGGAAUUGAGCCCACCAUACAUAAAGACUUUGUACGGAUACAAACAAAUAUGGCAAUUUCAUGGGAGGGUGAAACAUCGUUACACAAGUUAAUAGAAGAAAUAUUUUCAAACUUACAAUCUCAUGGGUGGGACGCUUCUUACAUGGUAGAAAGGGCAAUAUUGACGCCAAAAAAUCAUGAUGUGCAACAGCUUAAUGAUAUAAUUAUCAACAAGUUUCUAGGACAAGAACGAAAUUUAGUCUCAUUUGAUGAGGUAGAAGGAGAUGUUAAUAAUUUAUAUCAACAAGAAUACCUUAACUCAGUUUCUACAGGCAGGUUGCCACCUCAUGUGUUGAAGGUAAAAAAAGGUGCACCUUUGAUGUUAUUGAGAAACAUAGACCCUAAGGCCGGCUUAUGCAAUGGUACAAGGUUACUAUGUCGUGGAACUUUUCAAAACAUGUUGGACGUAGAAAUUUUAACCAGCUAUCACUGUGGAAGAAGAGCUUUCUUGCCUCGGAUAAAACACAAAACAACAGAAAAUUCAGGACUGCCUUUUAUACUUAUCCGGAAGUAA